AUGAAUCACGAGGAGGCGGAGGGAAGCGGGGACGGCGUAACGAGGACGUUAACUCGCGGCGAGAAGCGAGAAGCCCUUAUUGUGCCGGACGCGCGCGGAGAUAACGAGACGUCGCUUGACUCCACCGCGGUUUACGGCCGCUGUGCAAACCCGCCCCUCCCCCCUGCGUCAUCCGACCGCCCUACCACCCCACAGCGUCGCCCAACAGUGUCGGAUAGCUGGGCAACCAUGUUUCGUCGCGCAUCGCCUUGUGCUGAAUUGCGGGCCUCCGCCGCCGUCUUGAUGCAUUUCCAGAAGUUAGAGCGAGAGGCGCGCAUAUGCCGCAAACUUCAACAUCCAAAUAUCGGUAAGUACACUUCCUUCCACACAACUCGAGCAACGAAACUGAAACCCUCGGUGGGGCGUAUUUCUAAUGCGACACCGAAUGCGUCGCGUUUGAAUGCUAUUCCGCAGGUCCUUGUAGCUUGCUUGAGUACUUCGAAGUCCGUACUGAGAUUUUCCGAGCGCUACCAAUUGGGCUCGUCGCGCCACCCUCGUCGCCCCGAUGCCAGACUCCAAUCCCAUUUCCUCACUCGCGUCUCCGACUGA